AUGCGUGAGAUUGUCCAUCUCCAGACCGGCCAGUGCGGUAACCAAAUCGGUGUGAAGUUCUGGGAGGUCAUCUCGGACGAGCACGGUAUCGAGCCGGAUGGUCUCUACAAGGGUUCGAGCGACCAGCAGCUCGAGCGUAUCUCUGUUUACUACAACGAGAUCGGCGCGAACAAGUAUGUUCCCCGUGCUGUCCUCGUUGAUCUCGAGCCCGGAACCAUGGACGCCGUCCGCUCCGGUCCCCUUGGUGGUCUUUUCCGUCCGGACAACUUCGUGUUUGGGCAGAGUGGUGCGGGUAACAACUGGGCGAAAGGACAUUACACCGAGGGUGCUGAGCUUGUUGACUCCGUUCUCGAUGUCGUUCGCAAGGAGGCCGAGGGAACCGAUGCCCUGCAAGGUUUCCAAAUCACUCACUCCCUUGGUGGUGGUACCGGUGCUGGUAUGGGUACCCUCUUGAUCUCCAAGAUCCGUGAGGAGUACCCCGACCGCAUGAUGUGCACGUUCUCCGUCGUGCCCAGUCCCAAGGUCUCCGACACUGUCGUUGAGCCCUACAACGCCACCCUCUCCGUGCAUCAGCUCGUUGAGAACUCCGACGAGACCUACUGUAUUGAUAACGAGGCACUUUACGACAUCCACUUCCGCACCCUGAAGUUGUCGACGCCCACGUACGGUGACUUGAACCACCUCGUCUCCAUUGUCAUGUCCGGUAUCACGACUUCCCUUCGUUUCCCCGGCCAGUUGAACUCCGAUCUCCGCAAGCUCGCCGUGAACAUGGUUCCUUUCCCUCGUCUGCACUUCUUCCUUACUGGUUUCGCUCCUCUGACGGCGCGUGGUAGCCAACAAUACCGCGCUGUCUCCGUCCCAGAGCUUACCCAGCAGAUGUUUGACGCCAAGAACAUGAUGGCUGCUUGCGACCCUCGCCACGGUCGUUACCUCACCGUUGCCGCUAUCUUCCGUGGCAAGGUCUCCAUGAAGGAGGUCGAGGAGCAGAUGCAGAACGUUCAGAACAAGAACUCCGCAUACUUCGUCGAGUGGAUCCCCAACAACGUGCUUACCGCGCAGUGUGACAUCCCUCCCCGUGGUCUCAAGAUGGCCGUCACUUUCUUGGGUAAUUCCACCGCCAUCCAGGAGCUCUUCAGGCGUGUCAGCGACCAGUUCACCGCCAUGUUCAAGAGGAAGGCCUUCUUGCAUUGGUACACCCAGGAGGGUAUGGACGAGAUGGAGUUCACCGAGGCGGAGUCCAACAUGCAAGAUUUGGUUGCUGAGUACCAGCAAUACCAAGAUGCGACCGCUGAGGAGGAGGGCGAGUACGAGGAGGAGGUCCCCGUCGAGGAUGAGCAGUAA